CACACACACAUGGCGGGAAUUAGGCACUAGGUUCAUGCAUGUGUUCGUGUCAGUUUGAAGACAAUGUGGGAGAUGUGUGAGUGUGUUGGAGGGAGGUUACAAACAGCGAUCAGACCGCGCGGAUCGAUGCGCCACUGGGGCGAUCAGACGGGACCCCCUUUGAUGAGGAGGUCGUCAGAGCACCUGAGCCCCGGGACCUAAAGACAGUGGAGGUGGAAACUAGUGAUGGGACUGGCUGUAAGAGAAAUCUUCAUCACGUGACAUCAAUAGCCUGCGAUGCUGGACCCUGAACACCAUCAGUAGCCUGUGUGACUGGAUCCUGACCGCCAAACUGCAGUGAGCAUUCCCGCGAGCACUAUAGGUAAGUUUGCUACAAGACUCUAUUUGUAUAAUAAGUGCUUUUAAGUUACAAGUCUAAAAUAACAAAACGACUAAAAAGUGAUAUUUAAAGACAACAAAAACGUGGGCCACAUACUGAUCCACAACAACUGAGUUCCACACCAAGCGUUACUAGAAAAUAAAAGUUUGUAUGUGUGUAUUUUUCACACUUCAUAAUUAGAAUUUAAAUUUUAAGAAAGUAAUGUCUUGGAAAGUGCUUUGUUUUGUCUGCAUUAAAUUUGAAAUAUCGAGAGGCUGACUGCUCAGCAGAAAGAACCCGAGCCACCAAAACACAUUAGUUCAUCACACUGAAUAAAUCAAUGUCUUAAAAGUAGUGGGAAGGGAAGGAGGCGAGACAAGUGGUCACAACCCGUUAAAAGGAAAACAAGUAGACUGAAAACCUGCUGGAUGGACGGAGGACCAGUUUCACUCAGCCUCGAUCUAAUGUGCACUGUUCUUCUCUCUAUGCGGAAGGCGACGAGUUAAUUCCACUGAUUUUUUUAAUUUUCAUAAACAUCGGCAACCUGCUUGGUCCUAAUUAGUUUUAACAAAAAGAGUAAAUAAUCAUUCAAUUCUCCUGUAUUGUUCUCGUGAGCUGCAAUAGUAAUUAAAUUUGACUUUCAAACAUUUUGCACCGUCGUCACAGCCUUAUCGCUGUUGUAAGAGCCGUGAGUGUACAUUUAACUGUUUCAGCAUUACUCCACUGAUUACAAAAAUGCAGAAGAUCCUAUGGAAGCAGGUGCAUUGUGCCAGAAACUACACUGGCAUGAGCAGACGAGGUGUACAGCAGCUGAGUUCGGGAAGCAAGUGUCCUGUGAUGCCGGAGGUUCUUCCAGCAGCUCCAAUGAAGCAUCACCGUGACGAGGUCCCUCCAACGGCGGAGGCGCAGGGAGGAGAGGUGGCGGGGGAUGUGGUGUUGGUGACCGGCGGGGCGGGAUUUCUGGGGCAGCACGUGAUCAGCCAGCUGCAGCAGCACGCGCCGCACGUACGGGAGAUCCGCGUCCUUGACCUUCAACCCUUCGUACAGAAACUCGAGUACAAGGCCACCAAGCCUGUAGUGGCGAUGACAGGAUCCAUUACGGACCCGGAUGUUGUGCUCAGGGCCACCCAAGACGUCACCUCGGUCAUACAUAUCGCAGGACUGGUCAGUUACGGGACCUUUCCGGACACCAAGGGCAUGGAGAACGUCAAUGUCAACGGAACGCUCAACAUCUUAAGGGCCUGCCAUCGACGUGAUGUCCAGAGGCUUAUUUUCUGUAGCACAGUGGACGUGGUUGUUGGAUUUACACCUAUUCGAGGUGGUACAGAAGAAAACACCUUUAUUCCAGACAAGUUCUUAUUUCCUAGUUACCCACUCACAAAGCUUCAGGCUGAGCAAUUGGUUGUUACAUCGAAUGGGAAAAAAACCUUAAAUGGUAGAUAUCUGAACACAGUUUCACUAAGAGCAAAUGUCAUGUAUGGAGAACUUGAUCCAUACUAUGUGACAACUGGCCUUCGCAGUGCAAAGUCUCGAGGAGGAAAGUUAGUGCGAGUUGGCAGAGGCCAGUCACUGUUCCAGCAAUGCUAUGUUGGAAAUGUGGCUACAGCUUUCGUACAAGCUGAUACAGCUUUGUACAACAAUGCGGACAUUGGAGGAGAAGUGUUUUACAUUCCUGAUCAAACUCCACUCCAGAACAGCUUCAGUUUCAUGCAACCCUAUCUCAAGUGCCGUGGCUACAGUCUGUCACCGUAUUAUCUGCCCUUUUCACUUGUUUAUGGAACAGUCUAUCUGCUGGAACGUCUGUUGUAUGCUUUAUCUCCCCUGAUAAAGAUAAACUUAGGAACAGAAUCCUGCAGUCUUAAGUAUAUCAACAUGGAUCUUUAUUUUAAGGGUGAUAAAGCAAUAAGAAUGUUUGAUUUCCACCCAGUAUUUUCUGUGCAAGAAGCUCAACAAAGAUCAAUAGCUUAUUACAGAACAGUAGAGCUGUAAUGUACUUUGCCAUCAAUUUCAUGCUGGAGCAAUCAUUUCAACAAGUUCUGCUUUAUGAACAUGAAUAAAACCAGCAGCUUGGCUGUCCAUAAAACAAGCAUAUUCCUGCCUGUGUGUGGAUGUUCAAAGGCACACAAGUUCUUAACAAUUAAUAUUUAUUUUAACUUUAUUUACCCAAGCUACCUUUAAAAAAUUCACACGAAAGUGAGAAGAGACAAUGA